AACGCCGGCUCGGUCGGUACAGUAGGCGCGGUCAGUUUCAUAACACUUUCGUUUCGUCCGCUUACAGAUUCAGGCUAAGAAACUCGCUCAUGGAUAAAAAGAAAAAUUGUCGAACUGCGCCGUAAACAGCUAACCAGCAGCUUCAAAGUUGGCCAAGCACGUACUAUCUUUUCGUUCAGUUUCAAUAAAUUUAAUGUCAAUCGAAGAUGAGCACCAACAUUUUACGAUUAACCGGCAAGCGGUACAUUUCGAUUUUAAGCCGCGUAUGGUCGGGAGCCAACGGUUCGAAUAAAAACUCCGAACAAACGUUGCGCAAAGCACUUCAGAGUAAAUUCCCGCAGGCUAAAAACGUUGUGGUCAGUGACAUAUCGGGUGGAUGUGGCUCGAUGUACGAAAUUUACGUUGAAACGGAAGAAUUCAAGGGUCUCUCGACGGUUAAACAGCAUCGGCUGAUAACCGAAACACUUAAAAAGGAAAUUAAAGAUAUGCACGGAUUAAGGAUACAUACGUCUAUUCCUGAUGAAUAAAUAGCUUUUAGUGUCCUAGAUACCUGAUUCAAUUUAUUCCCAAAAUCUGUUACACAAAUUUUUGUAAGGAAAAUAAAGGUAGAAUAACUUACGUA